AUGAUUAUUCCAAGACAUUUCUGCGUUGUUACUGUGUUAAUCGUACUACAAACUGGAGUGGUGCUGGCCAUGUAUACAAUUAGAUAUUAUGGUAUGUACACCACACGAGCACCUCGGACCAAACAACCACAACCAAGUAACGAGACAGCAAUUGUAGAUUCAGACGAUUACUAUCUAGGAGACGAUCCCUAUUGGGUAGAGCCUGACGAAGAAGACGAAGGCAUUACAGAACUAGAGGUAGCAACGGAUGCCAACGGUAGUACAUACACUUACUACCAUCAUACGACGCCACGACCUGAUCCUUUGCCCUCAACAAAUGCCAUCGAAUUUUAUAAACAAUUAUUUGAGCAAACAGAACGAGGUUUAGAUUACGCCACCAAAUCAGACAGAGAGCUUUUGAUGAAUAUGUCUUUGGAGUUAUCACGGGAGGCCUAUUUUACAAUUCGUACACUGGAUCCUUUAAAGGCGAAUCAUAAAAACACGAUAGCGUACAGUGUUGGCCUAAUCAUAGGAAAAAUACGCGAAAAAUACAGGAAACAGAUGGCAAUCUAUGCGGAAGUAAAAGCAAGGAUAGCAUUUGACAAUAGUCCGAAAAGAAGCCGAGUGUACGGUCAUUCAUUAAAGGAGUUUCGGCCAUAUAUCUUUGGACUAUAUUACCAAUACUGUCGCGAAUCAGAACGAGAUGUAGAGAGCAUGAUCGACAUGUUAGAGAAAAUCAAUGAUACGGAUUUGGGCGGACUUAACAGAUAUAUGAGAUUUAAAAAAAAUAUUCUAAGGACUGCGAUAAAGCAAGGCCGCCAUCAGCAAGUAGAGGAAUACAAAAAACGCAACCGACGUAAAUACUUGCGGAAGAAACUAGGACUCAAUGAGAACAGUCAACUUCCCGACAGACAUUUUAAGCGAGAUUGA